UCUCCCUCUCCACUAGCAUCUCGUCUGCCUUCCAGAUCAGCAGGCUGGUCCCACUCAGCCUGGGUGCUCCGCUGGCGGGAUAAGCAAGGACUGUUUCCUUUCUUCUCUGCAAGAAGAUCCUCCUUGCAUUUCCUGCACAUGAACUGAUAUUCUGUGGGGUGGGCCUCCGAGUUGAAUCUUGCCUGACUUUGGAUGCUUUAACUUUCUCUCAGAGCCCAGGCACACCUGCCCCCUGCCCCGUUUGCCAUUGGCGAGUGGGGGAGAGCAACGUCGGAUGAGUUUUGGCCACAGCCUGGGCCUGCUGACCAUCCCUUAUACAGAGCCCUCUCUUCUACCUUUGGACAGUGAGGAGAAGGUGGGGAGGGGACGUGGAUUGUUUGGCCCAGUCUAGUGGGCAGUCGGUGGCUGCUGUGUGUGCCCCCCCUGGCAUGCUACUUGUGCCCAGAGCACUGGGACUGCCUGAGAUGCUGCAGACCAUUUAUGAGACCGAAUCAUGUUUCUCUUCAGAUGGGGUAUCCGGACGCGAUCAGUCACUGGAGCUCUUGUCCCGGGCGCAGAUCCACACGCUACCUGUGGCAGUCGACGUGAAGCCAGCGCUGCCUGUGGCCAUGCCAAACUCCUCCUGCAGCAGCACCCCAGUGGACCUGCGGACGGAGGCCCGUGCCAGCCUGCCCAGCGUGGACCCCACAGUGCGGGAGCAGCAGCUGCAGCAGGAGCUGCUGGCCCUGAAGCAACAGCAACAGCUGCAGAAGCAGCUGCUCUUUGCAGAAUUUCAGAAGCAGCAUGAGCACCUGACCCGGCAGCACGAGGUCCAGCUGCAGAAGCACCUCAAGCAGCAGCAGGAGAUGCUGGCGGCAAAACGGCAGCAGGAGCUGGAGCAGCAGCGCAAGCGGGAGCAGCAGCGGCAGGAGGAGCUGGAGAAACAGCGGCUGGAGCAGCAGCUCCUCAUCCUCCGCAACAAGGAGAAGAGCAAAGAGAGUGCCAUCGCCAGCACAGAAGUGAAGUUGAAGCUUCAGGAGUUCCUGCUCAGCAAGUCAAAAGAGCCGAUAGCAGGCAGCCUCAACCAUUCCCUCCCACAGCACCCCAAAUGCUGGGGAGCCCACCACACCUCGUUGGACCAGAGUUCCCCUCCCCAGACAGGAAGCCCGGGAACACCACCAUCCUACAAACUCCCCUUGCUUGGCACCUAUGACAGCAGAGACGACUUCCCGCUUCGGAAAACAGCCUCCGAACCCAAUUUAAAAGUGCGCUCACGGUUAAAACAGAAGGUGGCGGAGAGGAGGAGCAGUCCCCUGCUGCGCAGGAAAGAUGGGACCGUCAUCAGCACGUUCAAGAAGAGAGCAAUCGAGAUUACGGUGUCCUCGGUGUGUAACAGUGCCCCGGGAUCUGGCCCCAGCUCCCCCAACAGCUCCAACAGCACCAUCGCUGAAAACGGCUUCACCGGCUCUGUGCCCAACAUCCACACUGAGCAGAUGCUGCCCCAGCACCGAGCCCUCACUGUGGAUGGGACAGCGAGCCAGCUCAGCCUGUACACCUCCCCCUCGCUCCCCAACAUCUCCCUGGGGUUGCAGGCCACCGUCACCGUGACUAACUCCCACCUUAAUGCCUCCCCAAAGCUCUCUACACAGCAGGAGGCAGAGCGCCAAGCCAUCCAGUCACUGCGCCAGGGUGGCGCGUUGACAGGAAAGUUCAUGAGCACCUCAUCCAUCCCUGGCUGCCUGCUGGGGGUGGCGCUGGAGGGUGACACCAACAGCCAUGGGCACUCCUCCCUGCUCCAGCAUGUCCUGCUCCUCGAACAGGCACGGCAGCAGAACACGCUGAUCGCUGUGCCGCUCCACGGCCAGUCCCCACUGGUGACGGGUGAGCGCAUCUCCACCAACAUGCGGACGGUGAACAAGCUGCCCCGGCAUCGCCCGCUGAGCCGCACCCAGUCCUCGCCACUGCCCCAGAGCCCCCAGGCCCUGCAGCAGCUGGUCAUGCAGCAGCAGCACCAGCAGUUCCUGGAGAAGCAGAAGCAGCAGCAACAGCAGCAGAUUCAGCUUGGCAAGAUCAUCACCAAGACAGGGGAGCUGCCCCGCCAGCCCACCACACACCCAGAGGAGACGGAGGAGGAGCUGACAGAGCAGCAAGAAGGGCCGCUGGAGGAGCCGGUGCCCCUGGGGCAGGGCUCCUUUGCUGUGGAUGGCUCCACGGAGAGUGAGAGCACGCAGGACGACUUGGAGGAGGACGAUGGUUGUGUUCCACUGAAAGACGAUGCAGGCGAGAGUGGGGCUGAGGAGGAGCACACUGAGGUUCAGGACGUGGCCUACAAGCAGGUGUUCCCUGAUGCCCAGCAGCUGCAGCCUGCCCAGCUGUACCAGGUGCCCCUGAGCAUCAUCACCCUGCCGCACCAAGCACUGAGCCGCACCCAGUCCUCGCCUGCCUCCUCAGGCAUGAAGAGCACUGGAGCCGAGCCCCCGGUCAAACACCUCUUCACUACAGGUGUGGUCUAUGACACAUUCAUGCUAAAGCACCAAUGUACGUGUGGGAACACUAACAUUCACCCUGAGCAUGCUGGGAGAAUCCAGAGCAUCUGGUCCAGGCUCCAGGAGACCGGCUUGCUGAGCAAGUGUGAGCGGAUCCGGGGCAGGAAAGCCACGCUGGACGAAAUCCAGACGGUGCAUUCGGAGCAUCACACGUUGUUAUACGGAACCAGCCCUCUCAACCGGCAGAAACUUGACAGCAAGAAGCUGCUGGGUCCCAUCAGCCAGAAGAUGUAUGCGGUGUUGCCCUGUGGAGGCAUUGGGGUGGACAGUGACACGGUGUGGAACGAGAUGCACUCAUCCAGCGCAGUCCGCAUGGCUGUGGGCUGCUUGGUGGAGUUGGCUUUCAAGGUGGCCUCAGGAGAGCUCAAGAAUGGGUUUGCGGUCAUCCGGCCUCCGGGGCACCAUGCUGAGGAGUCAACUGCGAUGGGCUUCUGUUUCUUCAACUCUGUUGCCAUCGCUGCCAAGCUGCUCCAGCAAAAGCUCAAUGUGGGCAAAAUCCUCAUUGUGGACUGGGACAUCCAUCAUGGCAAUGGGACUCAACAGGCCUUCUACAGUGACCCCAGCGUGCUCUACAUCUCCCUACAUCGCUAUGACAAUGGGAACUUCUUCCCCGGCAGUGGAGCCCCUGAGGAGGUUGGCAGUGGGAUGGGCGUGGGGUACAAUAUAAACAUAGCUUGGACAGGUGGUGUGGACCCCCCCAUCGGAGACGUGGAGUACCUGACUGCAUUCAGGACGGUGGUGAUGCCGAUAGCCAAUGAGUUCUCCCCAAAUGUGGUCCUGGUCUCUGCCGGCUUUGACGCAGUCGAGGGACACCUGUCUCCCCUGGGUGGCUACUCUGUUACUGCGAAAUGUUUCGGACACCUGACCAAGCAGCUGAUGAAGCUGGCUGGUGGGCGCGUGGUGCUAGCCUUGGAAGGGGGGCAUGACCUGACAGCCAUUUGUGAUGCCUCGGAGGCCUGCGUCUCUGCUCUGCUCAGCUUAGAGCUGGACCCCCUGGACCCAGCGAUCCUGCAGCAAAAGCCAAAUGUAAAUGCCGUGACCACAUUGGAGAAGGUCAUUGAAAUCCAGAGCAAACACUGGAGCUCUGUGAAGCGCUAUGCCUCUGUGGUCAGCUGUUCCUUGCUGGAGGCCCAGAAGGGCGAGGCGGAAGAGGCCGAGACAGUAAGUGCCAUGGCAUUGCUAUCAGUCGAUGCAGAGCAAGGAAGCACAGACUGCAACCCCAGACAAGUGGACGAGCCGAUGGAGGCCGAGCCCGUGCUGUGAAGUGCCAACCCGUCGUGUAUCCGUCGUCACUCUUGUGGGUUUUUUGGUCAUUUGUGAUUUUGUUUCAAAAACAAAAAAAAGAAAAUUCUUUUUUUUUAAUUAAAAAGAAGAGAAAAGAAACAAAAAACCCCCCACAUCACACUUGCCUCAGCCACUGAGCGGCGCGUGCAAUUGCUUGUGCCCGUCUCCAGCCAUCUGGACCCACCAGCAUCUCAAACUCACCCCCGUGCCUCCGGGAUCCAGGGGCUGGGUUGGGUUCUCCUUCACGUUCUUUCCCCUGUUUCCUUCUCCUCCUCCUUUUUUGGGGGAGGGUUCCAUCGUUCUUCCCUCCUGACACCAUGCGGUAGCAGCUAAAUGAGGAGCCGUUUCACGUUGGAGUCUUUUGCACUUUGGGACUGGGAGAGAGGAGAUCUCCAAACGGAUCAAAACGCUAAGCAGCAGCAUGUCCCGUUUUCUCUCCCUCUCUCUUCUUUUCUCGUUCCCUUUUUUCCUGCUCAUGCCAGAACCUGAGCUCUGGGGCUUUCUUGUAUUUAGGUUUUUUUUACCCUUCACACCUGAAUUCAUCUUUCUGUCAAUGGUGUUUAAGUGUUUCUUAAGACAGAAGUGACUCUUGAUUCUUCUUGAAGACGGUCCCUGGGGAAGGCGGAAGGAAAUAUUUGUGCCUUUAAUUAAGUCAUUUUUUUUUAAUGCCUUAAUUUCCCUGUGAUUUUCAUUUUUCUCAGUUUAGUUACCGUUUCUGAGGGAGAUAUACAUAUAUAAAUACAGGGGAAAAAUAAGAGUCACGCUAUAGUAUGAUUCGAAAUCUACCCCCACCCACCAUCCCCUCUCACUCCCUCCGGCUCCCCACCCUGUAAUUAAUCCCUUUGUAAUUAAGAGAGCCAUUGUGAGCAUAUGUUCCUGACCAAUGCUUUCUGGAAGUUGUUUUUUUUUUUGUUUUGUUUUGUUUGGAGAAGCCUCGUCUCGCUGUAAAUAAUUUGAUUUCCUGUAUCAUGUGCACAAAAACUUGGUUUCGACGAAAACUUUUUUUGUCCGUUCGUAAAAAAGAAAAAGAAAAAAAAAAAACUAUUUUCUUUUCCUGUUACUUCACCAGCCUAAGAGAACUUAGAACGAUUUUAGCUUUAAAAGAGAAACAAAGGUAUAUAAUUUUA